AUGGCUGCCCCCGUGGACCCGAGCCCCGGCGGCCCGGCGGCCCGGGCGCUGAGGCGGGCGCUGGCGCUCACCUCGCUGGCCUCGCUGGCCUCGCUGGCCGGGCUGUUGCUGAGCGGCCCGGCGGGCGCCCUCCCCACACCAGGGCCCGGCGGGCGGCGCCCAAACCUCGACCCGCCCGUCUCCCGAGUCCGCUCGCUGCUGCUGGACGCCGCGUCCGGUCAGCUGCGCCUGGUGGACGGCCUCCAUCCCGACGCGGUAGCCUGGGCCAACCUCACCAAUGCCAUCCGCGAUACCGGGUGGGCCUAUCUGGACCUGGGCACAAAUGGAAGCUACAAUGACAGCCUUCAGGCCUAUGCAGCUGGUGUGGUGGAGGCCUCUGUGUCUGAGGAGCUCAUCUACAUGCAUUGGAUGAACACGAUGGUCAAUUACUGUGGCCCCUUUGAGUAUGAAGUCAGCUACUGUGAGAAGCUCAAGAGCUUCCUGGAGGCCAACCUGGAGUGGAUGCAGAGGGAGAUGGAGCUUAACCAGGACUCUCCAUACUGGCACCAGGUGCGGCUGACCCUCCUGCAGCUGAAAGGCCUGGAGGACAGCUACGAAGGCCAUUUGACCUUCCCAACUGGGAGGUUCACCAUCAAACCCUUGGGGUUCCUCCUGCUGCAGAUCGCCGGAGACCUGGAAGACCUAGAGCCAGCCCUGAAUAAGACCAAAACCAAGGCUUCCCUGGGCUCCGGUUCCUGCUCCGCUCUCAUCAAGCUGCUGCCGGGUGGGCGUGACCUCCUGGUGGCACACAACACAUGGAACUCCUACCAGAACAUGCUUCGCAUCAUCAAGAAGUACCGCCUGCAGUUCCGGGAGGGACCGAGAGAGGAGCACCCCUUGAUUGCUGGCAACAACUUGGUCUUUUCAUCUUACCCGGGCACCAUCUUCUCCGGUGAUGACUUCUACAUCCUGGGCAGUGGGCUGGUCACCCUGGAGACCACCAUCGGCAACAAGAACCCCGCCCUGUGGAAGUAUGUGCAGCCCCAGGGCUGCGUGCUGGAGUGGAUUCGGAACAUCGUGGCCAACCGUCUGGCCUUAGAUGGGGCCACCUGGGCAGAGGUCUUCAAGCGGUUCAACAGUGGCACGUAUAAUAACCAAUGGAUGAUUGUGGACUACAAGGCAUUCAUCCCUAAGGAGCGCAGCGCUGGAAGCCGGGUGCUUACCAUCCUAGAACAGAUCCCGGGCAUGGUGGUGGUGGCCGACAAGACCGCAGAGCUCUACAAGACGACCUACUGGGCUAGCUACAACAUCCCGUUCUUUGAGACGGUAUUCAACGCUAGUGGGCUGCAGGCCUUGGUGGCCCAGUAUGGAAACUGGUUUUCCUACACUAAGAAUCCUCGAGCCCAGAUCUUCCGGAGGGACCAGUCUUUGGUGGAGGACUUGGACUCCAUGGUCCAUCUCAUGAGGUACAAUGACUUUCUUCAUGACCCUCUGUCACUGUGUGAAGCCUGCACCCCGAAGCCCAAUGCGGAGAACGCCAUCUCUGCCCGCUCUGACCUUAACCCUGCCAAUGGCUCCUACCCAUUUCAGGCCCUGCACCAGCGUGCCCAUGGUGGCAUUGAUGUGAAGGUUCGC